UUCAUUUUGUGGAAGUCCUUGGCUGGCUGGCUCUGUUGUACUUGGAAUGAGUUUAGAAAUGACUUUUGAUGAACUGAAGGGCAAGAAUCUGAAGGACCAACCUGAUCAGAAGAGAAAUGGAGAGAAAGCCAAAGGUCUUUGUUGUUUUCUCUCUUCUCCGUGGUGGUGCCCUGCUGCUGUGACCCUCGGGAUCCUGUGCUUGGGAUCACUGGUGACCAUCGUAAUGCUGACAAGGCAGUUGUUCCAGGUAUCUGAUCACCUAAAACAACAGCAAGCAAAUUGUACUCACCAAGAAAAUAUUCUGGAGGGACAGAUCUUAGCCCAGCGGCAGGCCGAAGACGCUGUUCAGGAGUCACAGAGGGGGCUCCAGGGACUGAUAGAGACCCUCACCCGGAAGCUGGCUGAGAAAUCUAAGGAGCAAAUGGAGCUUCAGCGUCAGAACCUGGAUCUCCAAGAAGCGCUGAAGAAAGCAGCCAACUUUUCAGGUCCUUGUCCCCAAGACUGGCUCUGGCAUGAAGAACACUGUUACCUAUUUUCCUCUGACCCAUUUAAUUGGGAAAAAAGUCAGGGGAACUGCUUGUCUUUGGAUGCCCAGAUGCUGAAAAUUAAUAGCACAGAUGAUCUGGAAUUCAUCCGGCGAGCAAGUGCCCAUUCCAAUUUCCCAUUCUGGAUGGGGCUGUCUCUAAGGAAACCCAACCAGUUGUGGCUCUGGGAGGACGGUUCCCCUUUGACUCCCCACUUGUUUAAACUCCAGGGAGCUGUUUCCCAGAGGUAUCCUGCAGGCACUUGUGCAUAUCUACAAAGGGGAGUUGUUUUUGCUGAAAAUUGCAUUUUAACUGCAUUCAGUAUAUGUCAGAAGAAGGCGAAUCUAUUGAGAGCACAGUGAAUUUGAAGAAAGGAGGAGAAGUCCUUUGAAUACUCUUCUGGAAUUUAAGCUAUUUGUGUCACUUAAGUGCAAACCAUGACAGCCCUGAGGAUGGCUUGUCACUGACUGUAGAACUCCUCGGCAGGGACUGGAGCUCCAUCUGCCUGGCACCUCAGUGCCAUCUUCCCCUCAAUGAAAACCGCAUAGAAGAUAGAACGUGGAGAAAUCGCCCAACUGCAAGCAGAGGGCAAAAAGGGGAAAUAUGCAUGGGAAACAACACAUGAAGAAAUAGAAAAGGGGAAAGGCCCUUCUAGAAUCAAGAAACUUGUGUUCUCAAUGUUAAAAGCUACCACUCAUUGGUCUUUUAAGCUGUGGGUCUCUCAGACUUCCCCACUUCAUAGCUUACACACACCCACCACCUCCUCACAUUUUGGGGCAGUUAGGAUGUCCCAGGAGGUAAUUAGCAAUUGGAUGGUCUUUUCUGUGAACUAGCCCACAAUUCAUUAUUGGCUCCUGAAUCUGUUAUUUAUUUCUUCAUCUUUUCUUUAUCUGAGGAUAGCUUAGUGCCUUUAAUCCUUUAGAACAGUAUUUGUUAGAAUCAUGGGGUAGAUGGACCUGAAGCAAAAACAGUAGAAUGCUUUUUUUCCUCAAGUACUGCCCCUUUGUAGAUGGUCUUCUCCACUCUGUUACACUAUGCUAUAAUGCAGGAACAUACAGAGCCCUAAAAUCAUCCAGUUCCACAACAAACAGCCAUGUAUGGAAAUAUUGCUGGAUAGAAGCAGAUGGAAAUAGAAAUAUUUCUUCUGUUUUCAGUGUUCCUACUCCUUUUUACCUCCCUUCAUAGGUUAUUGUACCUUAAAGGAAGACUUUCCAUGUUUGCUGCACAUAAUCUAGCAUUGGUUUUACAAAAAAAAGAAAAAGGUGUAUGAUCUCUAGGAAGACAAGAGAUAUUUUCUCCUUUUUUUUAACAGCUUUUUUGAGGUUUAAUUGGCACAUAACAGAAAAAUAUAUUUCAAGUGCACAAUUGUUUUCACAUUGUAAAUAUAUUCUCUUGAAAUCACCAUAGUUGAGAUAGGGAACAUAUCCACUGUCCCCCAGAAUUUCAUAUGCCCCUCCCUGAUGUCUUCUUCCCAGACAACCUCCAGUUUCCUCUCAAUUUGCAUUUUGUAACAUUUUCUUCUAAUGCAAUCAUAUGGUAUACCUUUUAUUUUGGGGGGGUUAGCUUCUUUCAUUUAGCACAAUCAUUUUGAAAUUCACCAGUCUUGUUUCAUUCUUUUUAAAUAUUGAAUAUUAUAUUAUAUCAUAUUAUUUCUUUAUAUGGAUAUAGCACAAUUUUUUCAUCCAUUUACCUACUGAUGACAUCUGAGUUGUUUUCAGUUUUUGGCUAUUACAAACAAAGCUGCUGUGAACAUAAGAUUUCUCUUCUCUUGGGUAAUUACUUAGGAGUGUAAUGUUUGGAUCAUGCAGUAGGUAUAUCUUUAGCUAUUUAAGAAACUUCCCAACUGUUCCCAAAGUUGUGCCAUUUUACAUUCCUACCAGUGAUGUACACAUAUCCUAAUUCCACCUUAUCCUUGUCAACAUUUGGUAUGGUCAGUCUUAUAAUUUAACUAUUCUAAUAGCUAUGUUCUGGUAUGUCAUUGUAGCUUAAUUUACAUUUCCUAAAUGAAAAAUGAUCUUGAGAUUUUUUAAUUUACUUAUAGUGCUUAUUUACUAUGCAUAUUUUCUUUGAUAAAUCACUGUACAAGUCUUUUGAGUUUUAUUUAUUUGCUUUUUAUUGUUAAGUUUUGAGAGCUCUUUGUAUAUCCUAGAUAAAAGUCCCCUAUCAGACAUUGCUUUGAUAAU